CUUCCACCCUCCAAUCAAACCGAAAAAAAAUGGCCAAUUUCACCUAUCUUCUUAUAACAAUCUCUCUCUUUCUCGAUCUUAUGACCGUCCAUCCUUCAACCGCAAGGCCCACUACGUUUCUUCAAGAUUUCUACAUCACAUGGUCAGAAUCACACAUCAAGCAAAUGGAAAAUGGGACGGCAAUACAACUUCAGCUCGACCCAACAUCUGGGUGUGGUUUUGCUUCCAAGAACAAAUACUUGUUUGGCCACAUCAGCAUGAAAAUCAAGCUCAUCCCAGGAGACUCUGCAGGGACCGUUACGGCGUUUUAUUUGAAUUCGAAUACUAAUGAGAUUCGAGACGAGUUAGAUUUUGAGUUCUUGGGUAAUCGAUCGGGCCAGCCAUACACAGUCCAAACUAAUGUGUUUGCGCGUGGAAAGGGCAACAGAGAGCAGAGGAUGAACCUUUGGUUCGACCCGGCGGCCGAAUUUCACACAUACUCAGUCCUAUGGAACCAGCACCACAUUGUGUUUUUCAUUGACAGUGUCCCCAUUAGAGUGUUCAAGAACAUCGAAUCCAAGGGUGUCCCAUAUGUUAACUCUCAAUCAAUGGGGAUCUACUCAACCCUAUGGAAUGCUGAUGACUGGGCCACAAGGGGAGGGUUGGAGAAGAUCGAUUGGAGCAAGGCACCCUUCUACACUUACUACAAGGACUUUGAUAUCGACGGUUGCACCGUUCCGGGCCCACCUAGCUGCACUAACAAAACCAACAACUGGUGGGCCGCGCCGCCGUACCAACAACUUGAUCCGAUCCAAUCUAGGAAAUACCGGUGGGCCCGAUUAAACCACAUGAUCUACGACUAUUGCACCGACAAGACCCGAAACCCGGUCCCACCGCCAGAGUGUUUGGCUGGGAUUUGAUGGGAUUUUAUUCUAUUUUUUCUUAUUAGGAUGUGAAUAAUGAGUGAUGGAAGUGGGGCCCAUAUCUGUGAAAGAAUUAGGGCUUUGGGGAUGGGGGAGAAAUCAUUGAGUUUUAUGUUCCUUUCAUGUCUUUUGAAGGGUAAGUGCAUUAAAAUACUUUUUAGAUAUUUUGAAAAUAAAGGUGAUCCAAUUUUCCUUUAA